AUCAGACUCAGAGUUGGGCUCCUGGGCGGGGCCAAGGAAGCCCCUCACGUAACAUCUCUUGGGAAUUUCGGGUACCAAGUAGGAAGCUAGAUAGAAGGCGGAGGCUGUGGGAGUUACCUUGUAGAUGGAAGUGAACUGUGACUUUGACCCCAGUCAAAUCUCUAUACUGCGCAACCAACCUCACCCUCGCCUCUAACAAAAUCCUUAAUUUCAGUAGUGGGAAAGUAGUAGAGUGGAAGGGUGUGGCCCGGUCUUCCUCUCUCAAAGCCCUGGGAACCUGGACUCAGCUCUUCAGCGAACCCUACUGUUUGAGGUUACAAGCCUCUGGAGAUCGGCAGCGUCUGUUCAGGGUGCAUCAGGACUCCUCGGUUCCCUAAUGAGAAUUGUGCUCCCUGCAAAUUGGGGGUCCAUUAGUCUCGGGGUAGGGCAUCUCUUCAUUUAGCGCUCACCUCCUCGGGGUGAGAGGACUCUUCCCAGGGGUCUGCGCAGAUUGAGCGCUCCGGCCUCAAUGGGGCCGCGGCUUUCCCUCCUGGUAGGGGCGCUGGCCAGCUGCCUGCUUCCUGCCUUGGGUUGUGUCAUAUGUGAUACAAAGGUCGUGGAGGCGCUAAACUCCUUGGAGACGGAUUACUUGCCAGGCCACCUGGGGGCUGAGCAUCACAAAAACGUGAUGAAAAGGUUAAAGCAGGCCGUGCAGGAUUUCAAGGAGCUGCCGAUUGACGAGGAUUCCUAUAUGGGGGUCGUCGAUGAGGCCACACUGGAAAAGGCAUCCUGGAGUUUGCUGAAGGAUCUGAAACGCAUCACGGACAGUGAUGUAAAAGGUGAGCUCCUGGUGAAGGAGCUGUUCUGGAUGCUGAGCCUGCAAAAGGAUACCUUUGCCCGCUACGUUGCUCGGUUCCAAAAAGAGGCUUUUUGUCCCAACAAAUGUGGUAUGAUGCUGCAGACUCUGAUCUGGUGCAGUACCUGCCAGAAGCAGGUUCACGCUUGUCGGAAGUCCUUGGAUUGUGGGGAGCGCAUAAUCAAGGUCCAUGAAAUGGAAGACAUGAUCCUGGACUGUGAGCUCAACUGGCACCAAGCCUCUCAAGGCCUGACCGAUUACAACUUUUACAGGGUUUGGAGGAACAAGUCUGAGACCUUGGUAUCCAAGGGGAAAGAGCCCACCCUGACAAAGACCAUGGUGGCUCCGAAGGACGCGGGGACUUACCGCUGCCAGCUGGACACCGUGAAAUCCAGCCCCGCCACGGUCAUCCGUUUUCACGUCAAAGUGUUGCCCAAAAGACUCGUGGAGGAGACAUCAUCCUCAGACACCAUGAACCAGGCUGGGGUGGCCCCGGAUGGGAUCACUCAGCGUCCCACCAAGCUGUCCACAGCCCUCCAGCCCCUGUCACCACAGUCUCCGAAGGUGGAGAAUGUGCUGGGAAGACUGCUGGUCGGGAUGCUGAGCUGGGGCUUCAUGGUGCUGAUUGCCAGCAUCACCAUCCUGAUACUUUGCUAUUGGGCUGAGAAGGACCCUUCGUACUUCAUGGAUGCUGUGAAGCACUGGUUCGGCAAUGGCAAGAAAGAUGCUCCGAGCUCCACGGAUGCUGCGAAGCACUGGUCUGGCAAUGGCGAGAAAGAUGCUCCAAGCUCCACGGAUGCUGCGAAGCACUGGUCUGGCAAUGGCGAGAAAGAUGCUCCGAGCUCCACGGAUGCUGCGAAGCACUGGUCUGGCAAUGGCAAGAAAGAUGCUCCGAGCUCCAAUGUUCCAGAGACAAAGACCAACAUCAUCUUGAGGAGUCAAUAA